AUACACAUAAGUCUGCAAAUAACUAUGGAUUAAACUGAUUGCCAAAGUUAUAUAGUAAUGAAUGGAAUCAAAAAUAAAAUGGAUAAUCCUCAGAACUCCUAUUAUAAUGUUGAUCAUAAAUGCAAUUAUUUAAACAUGAAAUAAAUAUUAACAGAAAGAUAAAUAAGUUUUUAAGGCAAUCAAAUUCAAAACUUAGUAGAUGGGCAUAGAAAGAAAUACUAAAUAGGUAAAAAAGAAACUUUGAAAUUUUAUUUCGGAAUAGAGACUUAUUAAUUUAUUAAAGAAUGGGUUGUAAAUAAAAAAAAAAUUUAGAAGCCAUCUGAUUUAUUGUAAUUUUCUCUGGCCUAUAGUUAUUUAAUUCUAUGGAUUUUAUCAAAUCUUCUUAAAUAGGGAAAAUAAGUUAAUGAUUAUUAAGAGUUGGAAAAUGAUUCGAAUGAAUAUCUCCAGUUUAUCUUUUUAUUAUUUAAAACAGCAACGGAAUUAAAAUAAAAUUUAGUUAAUAUUUAUAAACAAGUUAUUUCCGAAUAAGAGAAUUUCAAUCUAAAUAUAAAAUAAUAUUAACAAUUUAUAGAAUCUUUUGAAGGGUAAUAUGAUUUAUAUAAUUUUGAUGUGUUAGAGACAUUAUUUGAAGAUUUGUUGGAGGGAACCAAUGAAUAUAUACCUAAAAUUUAAUAAUAAAUUCAAGAUAAAAUACAAAAAACUAAAGAAAAAUAUAUAGAAGAGGUUAAAAAUAAAAAACAAAUAAUUCUAGAAAUUUAAUAAAAAUUGAAAAUUCAUUAACGGGUAACUUUAAAUAGAGAAAAAUCAGAGCUUUUAAACGCAACAAAUUAUUUAUAUCAAUAAGUAAUUAGGGCUAUACAAUAAAAUAAAGAUUUUUAUCUAAUUUUUGUAAAUUAUAAAUAAAAAUUACUUGAAAUUCAUAGCAAAUAAUUAAAAAGGUUUCUUGAUUUUGAGGAUAAAUUGAAAGCAAAAUUUAAUAAUUUAAAAAUAAUGAAAUAAAAUUUUCUAGAUGAUGUUUCUAAAACAAUAACUAUUUAGUGA